GAUAAAAAAUUAGAUACAAUUCCCUUCUCAUCCACAAGUAGACCCCUCACAUAGCCCAUCAUCCCACCUUUAAUCAAAAGACCCAAGCCUCAUUGGCAUCAGGGAUUGCAAGCGCAUUAUAGCAACCAGCAAGUUGUCUGAAUCCUACAAAGAAGAUGCAUUCAACUGAUACUAAAAAGAUCAAAAUACAAGUUUCAUAAAAAGAACCUCACAAAAUUCAAGAACCGUUAACAUGACACUUAUUUUUGCUUGAACGGUUACAAUUGUGUAACACAUAUGUUUAAAGGGAAGAAAAAAUUGGUAUGCCUGGCAAUGUGACCCCAGCAUCAACAAUAAACAUGUUGCCAGAGACAUAUGCAGAAGAAUCAUGGAUUAGGUAUCGGACAAGCGAGGUUAAUGCUGGAUCAGAGGUGCCAAAUGUUCUUAAAGGGGCAGUCCUCAAAGCCACAUUUGUCAACCAGUCUUUCUGCAUAAGAGCAUCAGUGAUCUCUGAUUUGAAAAGUCCAGGUGAUAUUGAAUUCACUCUGAUUUUAUGCACCCCCAACUCCAAAGCCAUUACCUGGAUAUUUUCAUUGUCAUUUUCUAUUCUCCAAGAUAAAACAAAUGCAAAUUGAAUCAAAUAUAAACAUAUUUAUCAUCACAACAUGAGUCUUUCAACAGUAAAUUUUAAUUCUAUGUUACCCCCACCAUCAAAAAACACCUGGCAUCCACCACUAUGAGAAAGCAACAAGUAUUGUCAAUUGUGAAAGAAUAACCAGAACUGAUAUGAAAAACAUUCUAACAAAGAGGCCUUGUCCUCCUUGAAUGCAUAUCCUUAUUACUCCAACGUGGUGAUCUUGUAAAAGCUAUGCUUUGUGAAGAAUAAAGUGAAAUUUGCAAAUAAUAGAAACUAUGCAGAAAUAUUUGACUAGAAUAUGCAACGCAAGAUAAGUAAACUGCAGUUCGCAGGUCUGACAACGUUACCAACCACUUCAUUAUUUAAUUGGACUGCAUACACUUGUGCAUACUCAAAUGUCUACGUAAUCUAAUGACUGAAACUAUUAUAAAGUAUUUAACUGGAUAAACAAAUCGACAAUCAAUAAUCUGUAGCUACUUAUAAAACAUGUACCUGCUAGCAAGAUGUAAUAUAUAUGGUCUGAGUCU